AUAGCAAAUUACACUUUUUCUUUUUUUUUUUCCUUUGCUUCAAAAAUAAAUAAAUAAAUAAAAAACAGAGGUAGCAGAAUCAACCAUCAUCUUCUUCAGUGAGCUUACUCAAAAGCUAUAAUGGAUUCAACACUGAUACGAAUCCCACUCCCAUUCAAGCUCAAACCCUCAUUAUCCCCUUUCUCAAUUCUCAACACCAAACCCAAUUAUUCUCACAAUCAUAGCUUCACCUGCAACUCCACCCACAACAACAACAACGACGCCGUUUUCGACGAGGCAGCGUACGAGUCCAACAGACUAUCCCUCGACGCCAAAGCUCGAAAGUCAAUGGCCGAAGCUUACAAAUCAUCCAUGGAAGAAGAAGAACAAGACCCAAAAGCUUGGAAAUGGGUCAUUCGUAAGAGAAUUUGGGAUUUAAUGGAGUCCCGGAAUUUCGCUCAGAACCCACGACCCGUCCACCACCGUAUCCCCAAUUUCUCCGGCGCUUCAGUCGCUGCCGAUAAGUUUGGGGAAUUGGAAGAGUUUAGAGUUGCAGAGUGUGUGAAAGUGAACCCUGAUUCACCUCAGAAACAAGUUCGAUUUCUCACUCUUUCUGAUGGAAAGAAAUUGUUGACUCCUCAACCAAGGUUGAGGACAGGAUUUUUCUCUGUGCUUGAGGCCUCUAAGUUAACUCAGGGCACCAUUAAAGAGGCUUGCACUUCAGUUGGAGUCGCCAAGCAUGGACGUCCAAUCGGAUUGGAUGAAAAACUGAAGGUGGAUUUGAUUGUCAUUGGCUCGGUUGCUGUUGAUCCGAAAACUGGAGCUCGACUUGGCAAGGGUGAGGGAUUUGCUGAGCUUGAAUAUGGGAUGUUGAGGUACAUGGGAGCUAUUGACGAUUCCACACCGGUAGUCACCACUGUGCAUGAUUGUCAAUUAGUAGAUGAUAUUCCAUUAGAGAAGCUAUUAAUCCAUGAUGUGCCAGUAGAUAUCAUAUGCACACCAACUCAAGUCAUUUUCACAAAUACUCUCAUUCCAAAGCCUCAAGGAAUUUAUUGGGAGAAAUUGUCUCCUGAAAAGUUGGGACAAAUCAGAAUACUGAGGGAGCUGAAGAAGAGGAUUGAAAGAGAAACAGGAAAGAAACUCCCAUCUGGCCCAUCUGAGAAACUUCCUCCCACUGCUCAAAGAAAACCUUAAUAUUAUUUAUUCAAUUGAAUUCAUUCAUGUCUCUGUUAAACAUUUUAUGUAAAAAAAAUUAAUGAAAUAAAUAAAAAAAACAUUGUUUUUAAA